AUGGACACCGCGGCGGCGCAGAAUCUGGCGAUCCGCAACCUGUACGCCGUGGUGGACAAGGUGGGCGAAGGUACGUAUGCGUCGGUGUUCUUGGCACGCAACAUCAAGACGGGGCAAAAGGUGGCCAUCAAGAAGAUCAAGAUUGUCUCGAAUAAGAAUGGCAUGGAUGUGACGGCGAUCCGAGAAGUCAAGUUCCUGAAGGAGCUGCAGCAUCCGAAUGUGAUCAAGAUGGUGGAUGUCUUUUCGUCGGGCUCUCGGUCACCCUCACUCAACCUUGUGCUCGAGUUUUUGGACACGAACCUCGAGGCGCUCAUCAAAGACAAAUCGCUCAUCUUCACGCAAGCCGACAUCAAGAGCUGGAUGGCGAUGCUGUGUCGAGGACUGGAGUACUGCCAUCGCAACUGGGUGCUGCAUCGCGAUUUGAAGCCAAACAACUUGCUUAUCUCUCCGGACGGCGAGCUCAAGAUUGCGGAUUUCGGUCUUGCCCGCGAACACGGCGACCCAGGCGCACGGAUGACACAUCAGGUGAUCACGAGGUGGUAUCGACCGCCCGAGCUGCUGCUUGGCUCGCGCGCCUACUCGUCGGCGGUCGAUAUGUGGAGCGUGGGCUGCAUUUUCGCCGAGCUCAUGCUUCGUGUGCCCUAUCUACCAGGAGAGUCGGAUGCGGACCAGCUCACUACGAUUUUCAAGGCGUUAGGGACACCUACGGACAAGGAGUGGCCGAGUCACAAAUCGCUACCGGACUUUGCCAUGUCGUGGUUCACGCCGCCGCAUCCGAAAUCGAAUCUAGCAGAUCUCUUCCUGGCUGCGAGCCCCGAAGCGCUGGAUUUCUUGCAGAGGACACUGCUGUACGACCCGCUCAAGCGACUGAGCGCCAACCAGGCUCUGCACCAUCCAUACUUCAAGCAGAGUCCUCCCCCGACGCCGUUCAAGCAACUACCCAGGCACCCGACCGAAGCAUUGGACGCGGACGAUCCUGCCGCCCAUCCGUUGCUCUCUGACAGCAAGGAGAAGGACCAAGCGCGCGAGAGACAGCAGAGCAACGGCAAUGGCAAGAAGCGCGCGCUCGACCCAAAGGAAAUCGAAGAGAGAAAACGCUUGGCGAGGAAGCUGGCUUUCGAGUGA